AGCUGUGAUGGGAUCCAAAGGCUCACAAAAAUCCCACUAAACCUCCUCUUCUUCUUCCCCGUCUGAGUUUCCUCCUCAUCAGCCGCAGCAGCUGAUAAUACCCCAUCGUCUUUAAUACUGCUGCAACCCCACUAUUCUCCUAACUUAUACUCACUUUCUUCUUAGGGUUUCAUUCCUAAAAUCCCCAAAUCAAAGUAUUCAAAGAUUUGAUUUUUUAUAGUUAUGACGAAAGGCGAUGACAGCAAUGUUCUCAUUCUAUCAGGGAAGAAAAAGACUAAACCAAAAGUCAAAAAUCAGGCAAACGCAACAAAGAGACCACCCCUCAGUAAAUCACAGAAAAGGAAGUUGAGGAAAUUGGAGGAGGAGAAGGAACAGGAAGCCAAACUAUCUGAAAGUGUUCGAAUCUUGGAGAAAUACAAGAUUCGAGAUGAAGCGUUUUCUCUUCUUAAGUCAUCGGGGAAUAUAGGACAGGCUGAAACUGUGAAGGAAAAGCGUCUACGGGCAGUACAGUUUUUUAAGGCAGGGUUAGAAGCUCCGGAGGAUGAUAGACCCAGUAAAAGAAGGGCAAAAGAGACUGAGCCCUGUCAAACUGAAGUUGGUUCGGAUGACAACUGUGAAGAUGUUGUUGAGGAUGACAUUAUACAACCAAUGAUGGUAGAACAUGAACCUCAUGUUACUGCUCCUCUGGCUUCUAGUAAUUCUCAACAGCCACCUUCUUGUAGUACACAGUGUACAGAUGUUGGUAAUGAUAAUUGCUUACCAACUAAGGAUUUGGCCGUUAGGGAUGAUAGCAGUAACAUGGACAAAGGACAGAAACAUCCUCCAACUAAAGCUUCUGAGAAUCAAAGAAGCAACACUAGCGCCAAGGUUAAGGAGGUUACUGCUCCAAAAGUAGGUGCUAAUACGGAUAGCACUGUUUCAAAUUCUAAUGUUACCAGAGCUUUGGUAACCCCAACUUUUGUGCCUGUUUCAAGACCUACCGAGGUCGAAAGAAAUAGAAAGGAUCUGCCUAUAGUUAUGAUGGAGCAAGAGAUAAUGGAAGCUAUAAAUGAAAAUUCAGUUAUUAUUCUCUGUGGAGAAACUGGGUGUGGUAAAACUACUCAAGUCCCCCAGUUCCUGUAUGAAGCUGGGUUUGGUUCAAGCAAAUCUGGUCUGCAAAAUGGAAUUAUUGGUGUUACUCAACCACGUCGUGUUGCAGUUCUUGCCACUGCCAAGCGAGUGGCAUAUGAAGUGGGUCUUACUCUUGGUAAAGAGGUUGGUUUUCAAGUUAGACAUGACAGGAGACUCGGAAACAAUGCCUCCAUCAAAUUCAUGACAGAUGGAAUUUUACUUCGAGAAGUGCAGAAUGAUUUCUUACUGAGGCGAUAUUCUGUUAUCAUUCUUGAUGAGGCUCACGAGAGAAGUCUGAAUACUGACAUACUCAUCGGAAUGCUUUCUCGAAUUAUAAAGCUUCGCCAGAAAAUAUACCAACAACAGCAGGAAAUAUACCAAAAACAACAAGAGAAGUUGUCAUCAGGAGAGACUAUCAGCCCUGAAGAUAUGGUGUCUAUCACCCCUGAAAAUAUGGUGUCUCCAUUGAAAGUCAUACUUAUGAGUGCCACUUUACGAGUUGAGGACUUUUCAGGAACGAAGAUAUUCGAUCAACCUCCACCUGUAAUAGAAGUUCCAACUAGGCAAUAUCCUGUUACAAUUCAUUUUUCAAAGAGAACAGAUGUCGUAGACUAUAUUGGUCAAGCUUUUAAGAAAGUCAUGGCAAUUCACAAGAGGCUUCCUCCUGGAGGUAUACUGGUCUUUGUUACUGGGCAAAGGGAAGUGGAAUACUUGUGCAAAAGACUAUGUGGGGCUUCAAAGGAGCUAAAGAAUAAAAAUAAACUUAAGUGUAAGGCAGAUGAAAAGACUGCAGAAAGCUUGGGAGCAAGCAGUAUUGAUGAGGGGAUUGCUAUGAAGGACAUUAGUGAAGCAUGUGAAAUUCAAGGUCAGUCAGACCAACAGACUGAUACGUUUAGCUCUUACGAUGAAGAUUAUAGGAUUCUAAGUGAGGAGGAAGAUGAGGAUGACUCGUAUUCGUCAGGGACAGAGAGUGAUCUAUCCUAUAAUAGUGAAGAUGAGUUUGCAUCUACCUCAGGCAAAGAUGGUGACCAUGUUGAUGGUCUAGAUGGUGGGAACCUUGCGUCGCUGAAAGCUGCUUUUGAGUCCUUGGCUACGAAAAAGGUACAUAACCCUGAUUCUGGUGAGCAAUUGAGUCUUCCCAUUUCAGAUGGAGUGGGUAAUGCUAGUCCCAUUGCAGAUGGUGUAAGCAAACCCUCUCCAUCGUCAGGGAAAAAACACGGAGAAGCACAUGAUUUCUAUCCUGGUGGGUUGUGUGUCCUGCCUCUUUAUGCAAUGCUUCCUGCAGCAGCCCAACUCCGUGUAUUUGAAGAGGUUGAGGAAGGGCAGAGGCUUGUUGUGGUUGCUACAAAUGUGGCCGAAACUUCUCUGACUAUCCCUGGUAUAAAUUAUGUGGUUGACACAGGUAGAGAAAAGGUUAAAAACUAUAAUUCCGCUAAUGGCAUGGAAACUUAUGAAGUACAGUGGAUAAGUAAGGCAUCAGCUGCUCAACGUGCAGGAAGGGCCGGAAGAACUGGACCAGGACAUUCUUAUCGUCUCUAUUCUUCUGCGGUCUUCUGUAACCUACUCUCUGAUUUCUCAGUUGCUGAAAUAUCUAAAAUUCCUGUGGAUGGUGUCGUUCUUCUCAUGAAAUCUAUGGGCAUCGACAAGGUUGUGAAAUUUCCAUUUCCAACUCCUCCUAAAGAUACUGCGCUGCUUGAAGCUGAGCGUUGCUUAAAAGCUCUGGAGGCACUCGACAGUUCAGGAACACUCACACCCCUUGGGAAAGCCAUGUCACAUUAUCCCAUGAGUCCUCGCCACUCCCGGAUGCUCCUGACAGUUAUUCAAAUCAUGGGGUUUCAAAUCAUGAGGAAAAGGAAAGAUUAUGACAGAGCUAAUCUAGUUUUAGGGUACACGGUUGCCGCUGCUGCAGCUUUGAGCUUGUCUAAUCCUCUGAUGAUGCAACUCAAUGGAAGCCAAGCUAAUAAUGAUGGACUUCAUGAAGAUGAUGAGUCAGCUACCAAGAAUUCAAAGAAAGAUCUAGAUAAGCAAGAAAAAUUGAAGCAAAAGCAACUGAAGCAAGCAGCAAAAGAUGCACGCACAAAAUUUUGCAAUCCUAGCAGUGAUGCUCUGACAAUAGCUUAUGCCCUGCAGUUGUUUGAACUAGCUCAAAAUCCUUAUGAAUUCUGUAAAGAAAAUGCACUACACUUGAAAACAAUGGAGGAAAUGUCCAAGCUGCGAAAGCAGUUACUUCAACUGGUAUUCCAUCAAGUCUCUGUUGAUGAGUCACAACAGGAGUUUUUAUGGGUUCAUGGAACUGUUCAAGAGGUAGAACUUGCAUGGAGGGUUUCCUCUAAUAAACAUCCACUGACACUGAGUGAGGAGGAGAUCUUACGGCAGGCUAUAUGUGCUGGUUGGGCUGACAGGGUUGCCAAGCGGAUCAGAGUUGUUUCUAAAUCGACAGAAUUGGAUGGAAGGGGAAAUGCAAUUCGUUAUCAAGCAGCAAUGGUUAAUGAACCAGUUUUCCUUCAUCGAUGGUCAACUGUCGCAGCAUCAUCCCCAGAAUUUUUGGUCUACAAUGAACUUAUUCAGACGAAACGGCCAUAUAUGCAUGGAGUUACUAGCGUAAAGUCUGAAUGGCUGGUAAAAUAUGCUAGUUCUCAAUGCACUUUCUCGGCCCCACUUACAGACCCCAGACCUCAUUAUAAACCCCAAACUGACGAGGUGUUGUGCUGUGUAACUCCGUCCUUCGGGCCACAUCUAUGGCAACUUCAGUCACAUAGUACUCCCAUUAAAGAUGAUGCUUUUCGAGUAUCUGUAUUUGCUUGUGCUUUGCUCGAGGGUCAUGUUUUGCCAUGCUUAGGACAGGCACAGAAAUUCUUGGCAGCUCAACCAGCUAUUCUUUUGAAACCCGAGGCGUUUGGUCAAAAGCGGGUUGGGAAUCUUCUAAACAGAUUAAAGGGCAAGUCAAGGACAAUAGACAGCCGUGCCAUGCUUAGAGAGACUUGGAGUGAGCGUCCCAGGGCACUGUAUUCAGAACUUCUAGAUUGGUUUCAGGAGAAGCAUCGCAACGAGUUUGAGAAACUAUGGGCAAAAAUGCAACGUGAAGCCUUUUUGGAGUACGAGGAUCUCUUUCCUCGAAGCAAAAAGAGCAAGAAAAAAGGGACCAAAAAGAAGAGUAAACAGCUAAGAAUUGGAUGAAUGAACUUGGUUUGUAAUGGAGUUCAUCUUGUAGCUUCCAUCGGGCUUGGCACUAAAGUAUAGGCCAUCAUCCUUUUGCAGUAACGUAGUCUGUAUUCGAUUACAUCUUAUUUAUUCAUUUCCAAUUCUCCCGUACUGAAAUGCAGGCAGCAGUCUGUAUUCAAUUACAUCUUAUUUUUUCAUUUCCAAUUCUCCUGUACUGAAAUGCAGGCAGCGCCGUAAAUUUUAAUGCAGUAAAGAUAUAGUUUAUCAA